AUGCAUUUAAUAAGGCGUUCUCAGAUUACAGAAGAUGAAUGGAUUGAAUUUACAAGAUUACUAGCAACGAUAGAUACAAGUCAAUUUCAACAGUGUGUAUACUUUUCACAUAGAGAUAUGGAAUUAAUACAAUUAAUUCUUGAUGAAGUUUCUGCUUCAGCAACUAUUAUUGAUGAAACUUAUUUUGAAAAUCUUGAAUUAAUCUUAAUCACCGAGACAACUGCCAGAGUUGAAGAUCUUUCACGGCAGAAUUACGAUCAAAUCCAAAAUAUAGAUCGUUGUAAUUUUACUGUUUCUAAUGAUGUAAACAAAGCAAUAUUAAAUCUAUUAAAUAAUUUUUCGAUAAAUAUUGUUCUAAUGGAAAAUUUAAUACAGUGGUUAAUACUCAAAAUGAUAAGUUUGAAUGUUGUUAAUAAUACUAUAUUUGAAUUGAUUCUAAGUGAAAUUUUGUUAUCUUUGGUUUCUGCUUGUGUUCAAAAAGAAGAUUAUUUGUAUCGAAAAAUAACAAGUUCUCCAAAUUUUAAUAAAAUUCAAAUGAUUCAAUUGUUGGAAAAAAUGCUUAACUAUCAUCCGUAUUUUCCAGCAAGAGGUAAUGCUUUUAUAUUACUUGCAGCCAUGGAACAAUAUGAUCAUAAAGUAAUUAUCAGUGCGAUGGACACACUAUUUGAUGAAAAUCUUGUGAAAGAAUACUUCGUAAUUGGAGUUACUCUUAUUCAUUUAUCGUCUAAUGAAUUGAUUAAUAAUUUAAUGGUAUAUUUGAAAAGCGCUAGUGCUAUAAAAGUUUAUGAAAUAUGA